UUUCUGUAUUUCUCAUAUUCAAAACAAAACAAAUUUACAAUAUAAUUUACUUUUAAAAAAGAAAAAAUGAAUCAUAUAAAGCGCAUCUAAAGAGAAAAAAUUAAUACACAUUUCUCUCGCGAUUACUACUUUGUACUGUUCUUCUUUCGUAUAAUUAUAGCGACCGAUGAAUUCGAAAGUUUGGAUAUGGAAAAACAUACCAGGCAUUUCAGGUCGAUGCAACGAUGUAGUUUAUACACUACCGAAAUUGCAUUCAACGCGCGAUCUUCUUAUAUUUUUUGGCGGCGACGUUCAAGAUAUUCAAGAAAACAUGGAAAAACAUUCGGAUAGCAAGAAAUAUGCAAAAUGGAGCUUAGAAAACACAGUGACUAUACUAUCUGAACAAUUUCCUGGAAGUCAUGUAUUUGUUGUCCGUCCAUCAAGGAUGACAAUAACUAAACACGCAGUAUUCAGUUGUUUUGAUAAUUUUGUAUCAGGAGAUACAUAUGGCACACCCACAUUUUGUCCAAUGUACAAUGCUUUAAGGCAUUUAAAAGAUCUCAUUACUUGUUGCCUAGAACAUGUUAAAACAUUAAAAAUUGGAAAAGAUACUGAUAUCCAUAAUAUCGAAGCUACAAACUUAAGUCUAAUGGGCUUUAGUAAGGGAUGUGCAGUUUUGAAUCAAUUUCUUUAUGAAUUUCAUCAUUACAAUAAUGACUCAAAUAACGAUCCUAAUAUAAAUAAUUUUAUCAAACUUAUUAAGGAUAUGUGGUGGCUAGAUGGCGGACACAAUGGUUCUAAAAAUACAUGGAUUACAGAUAAAGAUAUACUUCGUUCCUUUGCUAAAUUAAGAAUAAAUACUCACAUCCACGUUACGCCAUAUCAAAUGCAAGACAAACACCGACCAUGGAUUCAGAUGGAAGAAAUGUGCUUCAAUGAUAUCUUACAAAGAAUGGGAGUAUCUGUACAACAAACUUUACAUUUUGGUGACGAAGCGCCAAGCCUCUCAUCACAUUUCAAUGUUCUUACAGAUAUCAGAAAUAACGUGCAGUAAAACCAUCUUCUUUAAAUUUAUAGUAUAAUCGAGCACUUGUCUAUGAAUCAUAAAAUAGAUCGCAAUUUCUUUACAUUUACA